AUGAACGAGCAAGAAGACAUCGAACUAGCUCCUAUUGACCUUGAGAUUGAAACAACAGUUAGAAGAAGACUAAGGGAACAACGGGCUAAAAGUCGCCUUAAUAUGGCUGAAGAGGUUGAAGGAGUUGAGGGUGCUAAUAAUGUCACUAACGCGAUUGCUAUGGCUGAUGAUAAUGAGAGAGCCAUAAGGGAGUAUGCUGCCCCCAUGUUCAAUGAGCUCAAUCUGGGCAUUGUUAAGCCUGAAAUUGAAGCACCCCAAUUCGAGUUAAAGCCCGCGAUGUUCCAAAUGUUGCAAACACAAUAUGCAACAGAGAAGCCUAUGAGCAAGCCACCUCCACCAUUUCCUCAACAUUUUCAAAAGCAGCAACAAGAUGGUCAAUUCCGAAGAUUUUUGGAUGUUUUGAAGCAACAACACAUCAACAUAACUCUGGUGGAAGCUUUGGAACAAAUGCCUAAUUUUGUGAAGUUCUUGAAGGAUAUUUUGGCAAAGAAGAGGAGGCUUGGUGAAUUUGAAACGGUUGCUUUGACUGAAGGUUGUAGUGCUAUAUUGAAGAAUAAAAUUCCUCCAAAGUUGAAGGAUCCAGGCAAUUUCACAAUUCCAAUUUCUAUUGGGGGAUGA